CAUCUGUUUUCAGUGUCCCACCAAAAACCAUAUAGUCUCUUGUUUCUCUGUACUAGCUCUGAUCUCUAGAGCUAUAUCAAAGAAUCGUAAUCCCGAAUAAUUAUGUUAAGAUGUGACUCGUGUUGGUCUUGCUACCACCAAACCUCACAACCCAUCUAAUCAAAUCCCUAUCACCUUUGCUUUAUAAUGAAAUCAACAUCAAAGAGCUUUCAAGAACUCAAAGUAGCGAGAUCAAGAGAGAAAUGAGAAUUGCAAUGAUUCAUGAGAAAGUGACUGUUCAUGAAGUUGAGACAAGAGACGCUUACAGAGUUGCUUACGUGAUCCAUUUCUUGUUGGGUGCUGGUAGUUUAAUACCAUGGAACGCUUUGAUCACAGCCGUUGAUUACUUUGGCUACUUGUAUCCUGACAAGCAUGUAGAGAAGACUUUCACCGUGGCAUACAUGAGUUGCUCGGUCCUUGUUCUGGUUUUGAUGAUGACUUGGAACACAAGGUUGAGCUUUAGAGUGAGGAUGAACUUGGGGUUUUUCAUGUUCAUCAUCUGUGGUUUAGCUGAUGGAUUGGUCGGCGGAAGUUUGAUUGGUUCAGCCGGAAAGCUUCCUAGACAAUACAUGCAAGCAAUUUUCGCCGGCACUGCCUCUUCAGGCAUCAUCAUCUCUGUCCUUAGGAUUACAACUAAAGCUUCGCUGCCACAGACACCGCAAGGAAUGCGAACUAGUGCUCAUUCCUAUUUCAUAGUUAGCUCUACCAUACUCUUAUGCUGCGUUAUUUGUUGUAACGUGCUCCACAAGUUACCAAUAAUGCAACAACACCUCAAGUUUCAUCAACCUUUGCAUACGACUCUGACUAUAUGGAUGGUUGGGAGGAAGAUUAAGUGGCCAGCUUCGGGUAUUCUAAUAAUCUACACCGUUACUUUAUCAAUAUUUCCAGGAUUUAUAGCUGAGAAUUUGAAGUCCCAUCUUCUCCAAAGUUGGUAUCCUAUUUUGCUCAUCACAGUGUACAACAUCUCGGAUUUCCUAGGCAAGUCACUCACCGCACUCUAUCUAUGGCACAGUAUAAAGUCCGCUACAUGGGCUUGUAUCGUUAGGCUUCUCUUUUAUCCUCUCUUCUCUGCAUGUUUACGUGGACCGCAAUGGCUUAGAACAGAAGUGCCAGUGGUUGUUCUGACGUUCAUGCUUGGCCUCACCAACGGCUACCUCACUAGCGUGCUCAUGAUCAUGGCUCCCAAAACGGUUCAUGCAUCGGAAGCAGAACUUGCAGCCGUCUUCAUGGUUGUUUUCCUAGGAUUAGGUCUUGUUUGUGGCUCAGUUCUUGGCUGGGUCUGGCUCAUCUGAUUCUUUUAGUUGUAUGAAUCAAAAUUAUUUAACAAAAAAGUCGAGCAUAUGACACUAGCACAUGACUGUCACAAUCUUUGUUUUUUAUAUAUAUUUGACUACUUUGAUACUAAAAGAAAUACGAUAUUACCUGA